AUGACCUCUCAAUGCCUGCCAUAUGAUGAGUAUGAGCUGUCAAGGACCAGUACGCACACCUCAGACAAUUAUGAACCCUCACUACCCCUGGACGACAACCAAGAUGAACACCAACUCCACCUCCUUUCCGAUCGACUCUUGUCAGACGGAUCCAAAUCUCUUUUCUCGACACGCUUUACCUCCCUGACCCCUACUUGGCUGCGCAAGAACUGUCGGCCCCGAAGAUCGAGAAGGCGAGUCCGACGGAUAUCACGUCUUUGCUCCUGUUCUUUAAGAUCAUUUUACCGAAAACUCGCUCUUAUACUAUACGCCUUUGUCGCGACCAUCCUCACCGUGGUAGUUGUCGGCGGAAUAUUUUUCCCCGGAUAUACUCACCCUCCCCCUCACUACGAAGCCCUCCGAAAAGCAGCAGAGGACUCUGACACUCCGGGACGUGCAAAUGUUCACCACGAGAAGGUCUACAUAGCAGCAAGUAUAUUUGACAAAGGUGGAAAGCUCGCAAGUGGGCCAUGGGCCGAGAAUGUACUUGGCCUGAUCGACUUGUUGGGCCCCGAGAAUGCCUUUUUGUCAAUCUAUGUCAAUGAUGCAGGACCGGAGGCCAAAGAAGCACUGGAAAUCCUCGAGGAGCGAGUCCCCUGUGAGCAUGCCCUGGUAUUUGAGGAGCACCUCGGCCUUGACCAGGUUCCGCACGUCACGUUACCUGAUGGGACUGACAGGGUAAAACGCAUCGACUACCUGGCUGAAGUUCGAAACAGGGCUUUGCGACCGCUUGACGAGCUGGUCACCAGAUUCGACAAACUCCUUUACCUAAAUGAUGUCGUGUUUCACCCGGUCGAGGCAGCGAACCUCUUAUUCUCGACACAUACCACGUCCAGUGGCCGGGCUGAUUACAGAGCUGCUUGUGCAGUAGACUUCAUCAACCCAUUCAAAUUCUACGACACCUUCGCGACCAGAGACAUGGAGGGAUAUCGCAUGGGAAUUCCAUUCUAUCCUUGGUUUUCAGCAGGGGGAUCUGAACAGACCCACCAAGAUGUACUGGAUGGAAUUGAUUCUGUGCGAGUCAGGAGCUGUUGGGGUGGUAUGGUUGCAUUCGAUGCGCAAUUCUUCCAGAACCCAUCUGAGGGCCGUUACGAAAAGAUUACUGCCGGAAACCAGAGUCCUAGCAACCUGUCGGCGCCAUACCAUUUCCGAGCCGAGCAAGAUCUAUUCUGGGACGCCUCAGAAUGUUGUCUGAUACAGGCAGACAUCCAGAAUCCUGAACCUGGAAAUUCAGAAAUCUAUAUGAAUCCCUUUAUCCGGGUUGCUUACGACACACGAACGCUGUCUUGGCUGGGAUUUACACGACGCUUUGAACGUCUGUAUACCCCAGUUCAUUUUCUGCUCGACAUCUUUGCAUCGGCUCCAAAGUACAACCCUAGAAGAGAUGAGGAGCCUUGGCGACAUGUGGAAGAGACUGUUUGGAUUCGGGAUGACGAGCUCAAGCUCGGCGGCUCCUUCCAGCGUGUCACAAGAAUUGCUUCUCAUGCGGGAUUUUGCGGUAUGAGGAAGUUAUCAGUCAUCAAAGAAAAUAUCACAGAAGGAGAGCGUAACUGGGAAACACUCCCCGUCCCUCCAUUAUGA